AGAAUUUAAGCCCAAUACACCCAACUAUUAAAAUGGACCCAGCUGUUUUUCUGGACUUUAACCAGCACGGAGCAUCGAGGAGGACUGCGUUCGGCGGGAAAAUCUAGCGACCUGGCGGGAAAGAGAACUUACUUAUCGGCAGAUUUGCGCCAAAGGUGUUAACAGCAUCUGGAGCAACCAUAGUGAUUGAGAAAGUGAAGAUGGUGGGGCGGCCGUAUGAUUGCAUUUCAAAUCCACUAGGAGCCGUUAGACUGACGUUUGACAAGGCUGUGGCUUCAGGUUCUGAUCCCGACACCUUCGCCGGCCGGGAUUGGGGAGCCACCGAACUGUUCCGGCAGUUCCUCUUCGAAGACGGCGGCCUCCCAGAGGUUCCAGUGCUUAAUCCCCAGACAAUCAAAUGGAUACAGCCUCACACUCUUGUUCGAUACCGGGGAAUGAUUCAAGACAUGUUGGGUAAUGAAUUUUAUGCUGGAGCCUAUAAGGAUGGGGAUACAUGGAGAACUAAUAAGUUUGCUGAUAUUUCUCAAUUUCCAAUGGGAGAUACACCUGAGAUGCGAGUUUGGGAGCGCCGCUUGCUGUACUGUGUUCCUGUACCAGGGCAGAAUCUGUGGACUGAAGUCACUGAGCCUUGUGAAGUUUUAAAGGAUACAAUCACAUGCUCUACUUAUACUUGUUUGCAGAGGGAGAAGCGCCAGAGAGAAGAUGAUCCUAUAAUGGAUGAUCUGAAUAUGGAAGCCCGAGAUGAGGUGCAUGGUUCCCCAUCUGCCAAGAAGAUGAGAGAGGACAUAAUUGCUUCCACAUCCAGAGAUUCAAGAGAGUCUCUAGAAACAGCUAUGCGCACUUCAAUGGAUACAACUGCAGCGUGUGAAAGAAUUUGCCCAUGUCUCGUCAAGAUAUAUGAUUCUCCUGAGUCUGAUCUAAAGCUGAAUGACGUUUUCGAGUUCAUUGGCGUGCUCACAUAUGACCAAGAUUCUCCUAAAGAAAAGGAAGAGAAUUAUGAAGAAAGCAGUUUGUAUGAGGAUGAGUUAUUUGAGUCGCCACCUAGCAAGGUUCCUAGAUUACAUUGCAUUGUUUACCAGAAACUUGGGGCUCAAGAUUUUCUCUCAAAUUUAUCCAUGACAGAGUUUAAAACACAUAUGGUGAAAGGGAUGAGGGAAACACUGCUGGGCCAUCUGUCAUCUAUUCUUGGAAAUGAUCGAGUUGCAGCUGAAUUCAUGCUGUUACAUCUUCUUUCCCGGAUCCAUGGUAGAGUAGAUUCAAUUGCAGUGGGAAAGCUUUCAUUAAACCUCACAUGUUUUAGCAACGAAACUGCAUCUGUGUUUGCUCCAGGACUCAACCAAGCCAUAAAGAAUCUUUUGCCAUUCUCUCACUCUAUACCACUCACUGUUGAUUAUCUUAACACGACCCUGCUUGCACCAAGGAAAGACUAUCAAACAAAUAGAUUGAUUAUAGGAGUUCUUCAAUUGGCCGAUGGCACUCAUGUUACCAUUGACGAGACUCAAUUAAAACCUGGAAACCUCAACUCAACUGGGAUUAACAAUACCAGGCUACUGAAGAGCUUGUUGGAUUUGCAAAAGGUGGAGUAUGACUUCACGUAUUACAAAAUGGAGAUGCCCACGGACGUCCAGUUGCUAAUUAUAUCAGAGGGAAAAUCAAACAUACUACCAGCUGAUAUAGUUUUGCCUUUCCGUCCGUGUUCAGUAACCCCCCAUAAAGAUAUUGAAGCAAGUACACUUAAUGCUUGGCGUUGGUAUUUAAGUACAAUGAGAUUAUUGUCACACAGCAUCAGCCCAGAGAUGCAGAAGGUGUUGGAAGACAACCUGGUUGCUGCCAGGCAAGCUGACCGCAGCAUGGGCAGCCAAGAAUUUAGCAGAUUGUUGACAUUGGCACGUUUAGUAUCUCUAAGUUUUGGGGAAAGCAGCUUGUCGAUUGAACAUUGGCAAAUGGUUAAUGAGUUGGAGACUCUCAGGAAAGAGAGGCUUAAUGCACUCAUGUAAAAGCACAAUUUGUUGCGUUAUCUGUCAUGCAUUGUGUAUAAACAAGAUUUCAGAUUCCAUGAGUGUUAAAGCACUGUUCCUGCAUGGUUCCUGGGCUAAUUUAUAACCCUGGG